AGCAAAGAAUUAAACAUGGACAAAUCCGAUCUGGCCAGUUUGCAACAGCAGAACAACAUGACUGAUGAGAAUACAACAUACGAAUAUGAUCCUGACUAUGAAGACCAGCUGUGUCGCAAAGAGGAGGUGGUGAAUGUCGGAUCCAUUGUUAUUCCACUUUUUUUCACAGCGGUGGUUGUGUUGAGCUGCAUCGGUAACAUCCUCGUUCUGGUCAUCCUCGCGCUCUACAAAGGCCUCAAAUCCCUGACCAAUGUCUUCAUCCUCAAUUUAGCCGUGUCGGAUCUUCUCUUCACUUUCGGACUUCCAUUCUGGGCCUCGUACUACAUCUGGGGUUGGACCUUUGGAGAGGCUGGCUGUAAAGCGGUGAAGUUUCUCUUCUAUGUCGGUUUUUACAGCAGCGUGUUGUUCUUGACUCUGAUGACCGUUCAGCGUUACAUGGCGGUGGUUCAUCCUCUGUCCGACUGGGAGAGGUGCAGAUGUUUUUCACUCGCUCCUUUUGUUAUUUGGAUCUUGAGUGGAACGGUUGCGCUGCUCGGUUCACUUCACAGCAGAGUCAUGACACAAUCUGACAGCCAGUAUUGUGAAUACGGCACUUUUGAAUGGAAAUCUGCCAUUGCUUAUUUUCAAAAUGCGUUUUUCUUCAUUGCAUUUGUAAUCAUGGGAUACUGCUAUGGCAGAAUGCUUUGUACGAUUACAAAAUCACGGACUAAUAAGAGACACAAGACUGUUAGACUAAUAUUCUCCAUCGCACUGGUGUUUUUCAUCGGUUGGGCUCCAUAUAAUAUUAUCAUGUUUUUAAAAUCUUUGACCGUCAAUCCAUUCGCAGACUGUGAUGUAAGAAAAAGACUCGACCAUGCUGAAUAUUAUGCAUGGCGAAUUUUAGCCGUUACGCAGUGUUAUGUGCACACUGUUGUGUUUUUAGUUAUUGUAGGUGGAAGGUUUGGUAACAGUUUAUGAGCAAUUUACGUCAUUUACUCACCCUUGA